GAAUGCAACCUCAGCCUCAUUGUAAUGGCGGCCAUGUUUAAUUAACUGACAUUGGUGCGUUGGUGGAAGUCAGGUUUUCAGCCAUUUGUGACAGAUCGACAUCCAGUGCUACAGACUGAAGGAUUCUAACAUAUUUCACCUACUCUAACAUAUUUCAGAGGUGCCAAACUAAAGAGGAAAGCAAGCUUAAAGAUGGCCUCAGCAAAUGACUCCAAGUGGCAGAAAGAUGCAGCCGAUCAGAACUUUGAUUAUAUGUUUAAAUUGUUAAUCAUCGGCAACAGUUCUGUUGGAAAAACCUCCUUCCUCUUCCGAUAUGCAGACGACUCCUUUACGUCUGCCUUUGUCAGUACAGUCGGAAUUGACUUCAAAGUCAAGACAGUAUUCAGACAAGACAAGAGGGUCAAAUUACAAAUAUGGGACACAGCAGGUCAGGAGAGAUAUAGAACAAUAACAACAGCUUAUUACCGUGGUGCUAUGGGAUUUAUACUCAUGUAUGAUGUCACCAAUGAAGAGUCCUUCAAUGCAGUACAAGAUUGGUGCACCCAGAUCAAGACAUAUUCCUGGGACAAUGCUCAGGUUGUUUUAGUUGGCAACAAGUGUGACUUGGAGGAUGAACGGGUGGUUUCAACUGAGAGGGGAAAACAGCUAGCAGACCAAUUAGGUUUGGAAUUUUUCGAGACAUCAGCAAAAGAAAACAUCAAUGUGAAAGCUGUAUUCGAGCGCCUGGUUGACAUUAUCUGUGACAAGAUGUCGGAGAGCCUCGAUUCUGAUCCCACUCUCGCCAACAGCCAGACAAAGGCCACCAGGCUGACGGAGAACACAAACCCACAAGGCAGUGGCUGCCAGUGCUGAUCAGCGACACCUACCAACAAAUGGUUGUAUCAAGGGGAAUAACUCAAGUCUCACAUCUGGCUUGUAGUGGUUUUAGACUGCUGAUUGAUGCAUUCAUCUUUCUAUAAAUUCUGUGACUAUUAUGGGAGAUAUUUAAAUCCAAAUGAAAAGGACAAGAAUGUCUUUGGAUUUUGUAUGUACAGGGAAUGGUUGGAAAUCUAUACCUCCUUUGAGGAUUUAUGUCGGUUUGGGCAUACUUCAGCUUAAUGUUUUCUAUUCCAUUUUGACCUCAUUGGGAGUAGAGACUCAAUAUUCACUUUUUCCCCUUUGAUACAGUUAUUUGGUAUGCGAACCAACUUGCCCGACAAUUAACAUACUUGGGUCAGUCUGUCAUUAAUGACAAGUCCAGGAAUGAGGAUUCAAGAUAUUCACUAAACUAUUCAGUCCUGUAGAGAAUGUCUGUUGAUCAAUACUUUAACAUCUGCAAUUCCAUGUAUUUAGACAGCUCAAGUAGGGCAUCUUCUGUUUUCAUUGUUAACAUAGCUGGAUAUGGGACCAAGUAUUCUGACCAGGACUGUCCGAGUGUUUAUUGCUCAUACUUAGUGGUUAGGAAAACAUUGUAUAGACAAACGAAGUGGGGAUUCUUGCGGCAGGUCCAGCUCACGCCCACUGUUCAGACAAGCAAGUAUUAACAGUGACGAUGAAAACAUCACUUGUAAUCAGUUUGUCUGGAAGUAGCCAGAGUGGCAGCCAUAUUAGAUUGAUCUAGCUUAGAAUCUCAGGAACAGUCAGCAAGAAAGACGACGUCAGGGAUGUAACAUCAUGCCAAAAUAGCGUGAACGUAACAUUGUUUCAUGCUUUUAUGCUGUUGUGAUCCGUUAACAUGUUAUUGCUUGACAGCACAUUCUGCUAAUUCCUAUUUAGCUGUAUGUAUAUAAAGCCAGCUCAAGUUUUCUGUGGCAGGAUGAUCCCGUACCGUUUUUCUUGCCGAUUGUUAUCUAGAGGAGUGUACUUCAAAUAGAAAUCCACUUACAUUUUAUGACUUUUGUGUGGUUAACCUUCCUGUUCCUUUUUAUAUUGAAGAUAUUUAUUUCUACUUUGGCAUAUCUGCCAAUAUUUAUAUUUGGUUUCGGUAAUAUUUGACAUUUUGUUAUUUGUUCAUUUUGUUCUUCUCUGGAGGAUUCUUAAUAUCAACAUACGAAUGGAAUGACAUUGAAUGAUCUCCUUCUGUCUCAUCUGUCUUUAGUUUCAACAGUCUAGCACAUUCCAGUCUGUCAUCAACAGCAUGUACAUUCAUUCAGUUCUCGGACAUUCCAUUUCUGGUUUCUGUAAUCUGGGGUGAAAUGGGAUGACUUUCAUUGUAGAAGAUCUUGACAUGUGAUAUGUAUCAACCACAAUGAUCUGGCGUAUAACUGUAAUAUGCAACAUGAGGAGUUAAGCAUGUUAACACCUUGUUGUUAUGAAUGGUGAGUUGCCAUGGUAACCAAACCUUGUGUAGUGUUGUGUGUAAGGAUUUCUCAGAUGUAAGGUUUAGCUAGGACCAAUUCUUCUACAUACAGUUACGAAAAAUGUAUCAUCACUCUUGAAGUGGUUUCUGUUCACAUAAAACUGUCAAGUUUCUGAUUCACUGCCCAAAGAGUACUCUGGUAUACUAGAAAAAAAGAGGUUCUUGGUAAUUGUCGUUUCAAUCAUUUCUGUAAGGGUUUCUAAAUUGUAACAGUUUGUCAACCUGGUUGACAGAGCAAGUAUCACAGUUUACUAAAACGGCAACUCUCUUGUCCCUUUCAUUGCAUUACUCACCAUUAACACCCAGUUUCUAAGUCUAUCUUGAUAAAUUUGUGUAUAGUGUAGAAAAUUUGUGAGACAUUAACUCUUGUUGUUGUAAAAAUUACUUGAAUAUACAUCUGUUAGAAAUGUUGGAGAGCACAUUGUUGAUAUACCUAGUCAUCAGCAUGCCAUUACCAACUCUAUCACCAUGGCAGCCUACUGUAUCUCAUGGCAACUGUUGCCUUGGUGAGAGAGUAGGCUGUUGUUUCUGAGAGCAUUUUAUCUGUACAUAGCUCUAGCUUAUUGUUGCUGGAUGUACAGUGUGUCCCACUGCCUGAAUGAGUCUGAUUACCUGUCUGUUUAGUUUACGAUGAGUAGACAGUGUAGUGAUGAUAAUUCCCACAGUUUGAGACAAAGCGGCAACACACUCAUUUGACCAAAGUACGGUGUUAACAGACCUACUGAAGGCAUACACAACCAACUUACCCUUUGAAACCACAGAAUCUAGGAUUCAAAAUGCAGUAAGUUUUGAGGCUUUAAACUUCUCCAAAUACACACACAUAUAUUUAGUUUCCUCUAAUUCGAUUAAAGGUAAUUUGGCUUUUGAUGGAGGAACUAUAACAGAUAUAUCAAGAGUGAACAUUUACCAAACAAUAUUGCUGCUUUGCCCCAAUGUGUGGAAUGGUUGUUAAAGUGCAAGAUUUGUGUAUUAACAAUCACUUUGAUGUGCAAUCAUUCUGACUUAAUAUCUCAAGGAGCUUGACCGCCCCCAACAUGUGCAAUUUCCUGCUGUGUUGAGUUAGCUGUGUAUCUCUGCUCAGUGCUAGGUUCUUCUCGGCAUGCAGUACUGGAGUCUAACAGUUGGUUGAUGUACAUGUGGGUUCCCUACAAUCAUAAUACUUGUUUUACCCUUGUAAUAAUAAGCUUUUUGUGAGAGACAAACAUAUAUGCUGUGAUUUUCUUGUUAAUUGUUAAAAUCUGUAGACUUUUAUUUGUCCUGUAGUAUCAUAAUGAUUUCUGUACAUGUGUAUGAUACAAGAACCACUCUAGACUUGUCUAGCUCUCCUUCAGUCAUUGCCAGCAAUAAUGCCCUCGUUCUACAGUAGCCACUGCAUGUUGGCAUUGCAGGCUCAUUGCAUCAUGUAUUCAACACCUACAGCGUCACAUCACCCAGUGUUGUCAUGACAAUCGAGCAGCGAAAAAGGGUAUUCCACAAAAAGUGAUUUUGAUGAGAUUUGUUUGAAUUGUUUACAUUUCAAGAACCAUGCUGGAAAAUGCUUUUCAUGAGAUUAAUGUUGAAUGUCCAAGACUGGUAUGAAAAAUUAAGUUAGGAGCUAUUUAACAGAAAAUACCCAGAGUUUCAUGUGAACAUAGGAAGGUUUAAACACGUUUACUUACUGGCGUGAGUAACCUAAACAUUUUAAGCAUUUUCUCUCAUAUUAUACCUACAUAACCAUCAUGCUUGGCGUUCCUAGGAACACAUGCGAUCCUCUGGGUAUGAUGGGUGAUGUGAUGGCUACACUGGACAGGAUCCUGUGGAGGGGGGACCUCGGGGACUAGUAGACUAGUCAUCGCAUGGAAGUACUCCCCCCCCACAGUAUCACAGUCUUCAUCUUGUAUCAUCUGUUGGUCUCUCCCUGAUGAAGCUAGUCUAGUAACUCCACGGUAGCAACUGUCCACUGUCAGUUAUAGCUGCAAGUACAAAUAAAGUCAUUAACAUCAA